CUGAACCAAGUCAGAUUGUGGAGAACUUAGCCAGUUAAAAAGGAUCUCCUUAUUAGCUCUAUUUUUAAGGCACUUGACACAGGCAAGAGGAUGGCUUUUAAAUCCAGACAGGCUGUAGUUGAUACACUUAGACCCGGAUCGACAUCUCUAAUGCUUCCAGGAGGCACUGAGUUUGCUUCAUCAAAUAAAACGGUAUGAAUCGUCCUUGAUGACUCGCCAUUCCUCAGACCUGAUCAUAGGCACCCACGAAGAAAAGGGAGCAUCGCGCUUCUGGCAGCUGGCCCCAAAGCAGCCGAUCCACGAGAACCAGGUCGUGGCGUGGAAGUUCUGCCACGUCCUCCACAAGCUGCUCCGAGACGGCCACCCCAACGUCAUCCCCCAGUCGAUCCGGCAUCGCGCCGCGCUGGUGGAGCUGGGUCGGACGUGGGGGGAGGCGCACGGGAAACUCGUCAAGUGUUACGUGGAUUUCCUUCUCGCGAAGUUGAAGUUUCACGAGAAUUACCCGGGUUUCCCCGGGAACGUCCAGGUCGGCGAAGACCGGCUCCAACUACUCGGAGGUGACGACAUCAACUACUAUUUUCAGCUGGGUGCAGUUAUUUUUGACUAUCUAGAAGACAUCCUGGCCCUCCAAUCGGCAGUUUUUGGGUCGCUGGGAGCAAGUCAGAGCAACUCGUCGACCAGAGCAGGUCACAGUCGCCUAGCAGUUCUCAUACCCUGCAUCUUGGAAUCUUCUUUACUCUUCGACUAUACGGUCAAAAUCAUGUUCAAGCUCCAUGCUGAUCUGAGCCGCGACGUCCUCGUCGGCCACCGACGGCGAUUCCACAAAACGCUUCCCCAGCUCCGAAAGUUCUACAAGGAUGCAGGCGCCAUCCAGAGUCUGAAAAACCUGAUCGACAUCCCCCUUCUGCCUCAGGAUUCCACCGAGAGCUUUUCCUUCAUGAAUCACGUUCCCUCCAGCCGAACGGAUUUCACCGGUUCAGCAUGAAUUCUCUUCUUCGGCAGUUCUGAUUGUUUCCGUAAUGGGGACCUAAUUAUCUGAAAAGCUUAUUUCUGCUAUUUCGAAUAUUCAAGUAAUGGAAUGUGAUGGAUUUAUAUUUAACAGAGAAUAUCCAUGCGCAGAAAUUGUUUUUGCAUGGAAUCGAGGAUCUUGUCGAUAUUUAUUUUGUGCAGG